UUCUGUGUAUCUCCGUGAGGGAAGGAUGAAAUGAGGUGGAUGCGAACUCCGCAAACGCCGUGAUGCAGACACACCAGAGAAGAGUGCCACUUCUGCAGAGCGACUAACUUUCAGUACAAAUUCCAUUAUCGAUCGGAAACGACUGUAGGAAGAGUUGUUAGCUUGAGGUUAGAAACAAGUAAGCUACCAUUUGAUUCGAUUGAUGAUGGCAUCAUCGCGGCAGCAAGAGCAAUUGCGAUCGAUGGAAGCGGAGAAGAUCCGAGCAGCCGUGAAUGAUAUUGAGCUCGUGGACGGUCAUGCGCAUAACCUCGUGGCGCUUGAAUCCUGUCAUCCUUUCCUGUCUGCCUUCUCGGAAGCCCAUGGCCCAGCACUGUCUUAUGUACCGCACACGCUGUCCUUUAAGAGAGGACUCGAAGACAUUGCGAAUUUAUACAAUUUAGGAGCAUCACUUGAGAGCAUUCAGGAAUUUCGCCAAAAUAGUAGCCUGACCGCUCUGAGUAUAAAGUGCUUCAAGGCGGCUAAAAUCUCCACCGUGCUCUUAGACGAUGGGCUUGAAUUUGAUGGUAUGAAAGAUCUCGCCUGGCAUAAAGAAGUGGUCGGCGAUGUACACAGAAUCCUCAGAAUUGAAUAUCUUGCAGAAAAUAUCCUCAAACAGGGACUUCCUGGAGUCGGGGACAAGUGGACCCUCAAGAAAUUUGAGGAACUUUUCGUGGCGGGCUUGAAAUCAUAUCCCAAAUUCAUUUUUUCACUUUGUUUGAGGCCAUGCUCGUAUCUGUCUUCUCUCUAUUUGUUAAAUUAGAGGAGCACUCUAUCUUGCUGCCCUUUCUUAGGCUCCAAAUGUUCUUUGACUUAAACCUUACACAAGCAUCGAGUGUGGUUGCUUUCAAAAGUAUCGUUGCAUAUCGCAGUGGGUUGAGAAUCAAUCCAUCAGUGACAGAUGAAGACGCCGAGAAAGGCCUAGUGCGGACAGUAGGGACUGUCGAAGAAAUACGUCUCACAGAUAAGAACCUCACCGACUGGAUUUUCACGAAAGCGUUGGAGCUGGCAACGAGCCAUGAUAUUCCCAUGCAGAUACAUACAGGAUUUGGAGAUGUAGAUCUUGAUCUGGAGUUGGCAAAUCCGGUUCUCCUCCGGUCCAUUCUCGAAGACUUGAGAUUUAAGCAUGCACGAAUUGUACUCUUGCAUGCAGCGUACCCCUACAUGCGACAAGCAUCAUACCUGGCCUGCGUGUAUCCUCAGAUACACUUAGAUUUUGGACUGGCUAUUCCAAAGUUGAGUGUACGGGGAAUGAAAACUGCAGUCGCUGAGCUAUUGGAGCUUGCCCCAAUUAAUAAGGUGAUGUUUAGCACGGAUGCAUAUGCGUUUCCUGAGACGUACUACUUAGGAGCGAAAUGGGCCAGGACGGUUUUAGCGGAAGUUCUGUGUGAUUGUGUUGAGGAGGGAGACUUGUCCGUUGACGAGGCCAUUGCAGCUGCAGAGAGCAUUCUCAGCAAAAAUUCUUUAGCGUUUUACAAGUUGACGACCAGAGCACAAACUUCAGACAAUUCAGAGAACCAAAAAGCAGUUGACACAAACGCUUCCAAAAACUUUGAGUGUUCACAUUCUUCAUUGUCAGUUUUGGACAAGGUCGACUACGUUCGACUUUUGUGGGGAGACACCACAGGCCAAAGGCGAUGCAGAGUGGUUCCUUCAGCAAGAUACAAAGCCGUUGCUUUGAAAAACGGACUUAGCUUGGCGACGUGUUGCAUGGCACUGUCUUCACACAAAGACGCUCCUGCAAGAGGUUCUGGUCUAUCGGGAACCGGAGAGAUUCGACUCAUGCCUGAUGCCAGCACCCUACUGGAAGUACCUCAAUGGAAUCACGGCUUGGUUCUUGCGGAUAUGCACGUGAAGCCUGGUACGCCGUCUGAACUAUGUCCAAGGACAACGUUGCGCCGCCUCACUGGUCUCCUCGAGGAGGAAUAUCAACUGACGAUGCGCGCAGGUUUUGAAGCAGAAUUUUAUCUUCUAAAGAAAGCUACGGAACCAGAGAGGUGGGAGGCGGUUGACUCUUCUUCAUACUGCUCCAGCACUGGACUAACGCAAUCUUUAGCCACUCUGGAGUGCAUGUUGUCUUGGCUUAACACAAUGCAGAUCAAUAUUGAGCAGUUUCACGCCGAAAGUGGUGGGGGACAAUUUGAGUUCGCUCUGGCGCAUGAGCCCAUUUUGAUAGCAGCCGACAAACUCCUCCUAGCACGGGAGGCCAUAACAGCAGCUGCUUUACAGCAAAAUUUUCUCGCAACGUUCAUACCCAAGCUGAACUUGAAAACCACGCCUGUCGGGAGCGGUUCCCAUGUCCACUUGAGUCUUUGGAAAGAAGGAAAGAACGUGUUUAGUGCUGAAUCAAAAGCUGAUUCUAACUUUGGCAUGUCCGAGACGGGAAGCAGUUUUCUUGCAGGCGUCCUGCAGCAUCUGCCCGCUAUUUUAGCAUUUAUUUGCCCGCAUCCAAACAGCUACGAGAGGCUCAAACCGAACAUGUGGUGCGGGGCAUUUCAAUGUUGGGGCCAGGUAAAUCGGGAGGCACCACUGCGAACGAGCAGUCCUCCUGAUGUGUCAGAUGGCGUUGUUAGUAAUUUCGAGCUCAAAUCUUUCGAUGGCUGUGCAAAUCCUCACCUUGGCUUGGCAGCAAUCGUAGCGGGAGGCCUUGAUGGUUUGAGAAAGAAGCUGAAGUUACCGGCACCAGUCGAUGGUAAUCCAGCCGACGAGGUUGAAGGUGUUAUUCGGAAGUUACCUCGUACAUUAGAAGACGCUGCCCAAUGUCUCGAGGAGGAUGACUUGCUGCGGCAGUUGAUGGGGGAACAACUGGUUAAGGUUGUUCUUGCAAUUCGACGGGCUGACGUAGCACAUUACAAGUCCUUGUCGCCGGAUGACCUUCUGUACAAAUAUUAGAAUUACGAUUUCUGGUCGAGGUCGGAAGUAGUUUACGUGCGCACUAUCAUACCAUCGUGCGGAUGGAGAAAACGCAAAUUGUUCUGCGUAUGACGGCCGUAGAAUUAGUGGCUCAUUCAUACGAAUGUUAUUUUGGCACUCCAACUUAAGUGCUUGAAUGUCAUAUAAUAGUAUUUUCAGCAAAGGCAAGUAAUACACUAAAUGAGGAGAGGUUCUUGGGUAGCAUGAGUAGUCCGCUGUGCAUUGUUUGCUUGAAGGAAAACUUGGCUACCUUAGAGAAAACGAAGACAAUCUUCAGCAUUGAACUGAAAUUUACAAAUUCUCCCAGACGACUACGUAACUUAAGUUCCCCUUCUGAAAAGGGGGAUGUUAUCUCACUCGUUUACGGGCAUUACUUGAUAGCAAGAGUCUUCACCACAGUAGACAAACAU